AUGGCCUCUAUCUUCCACUUUGCAUUCCCCCUCCGGCCAGCAUGCACCAUCCUCGGCGCCGGCAUAGGUCUUUCCAUGCUUCAUCCCUCGUCCCCCUUCCGCUCUGCACCGCUCCAAUGCCAGUACAACGCUCCAUACUACAAUCCACAUGCAGCACCAGAGUCAGGCUGGUCGCUGGCAGGCUCUGAAGCAGCCGCAAAGCAAGGCAAGACAUCAUAUGCGCAGCAACAAUCUAGCACGGGGCUUUUGAACGCGCGGUACAUGCGUCAGAUUAGUUUGGGGAGUGUCCUGGGCUUGGCUACGGGGCUGGGGUUGCGGGUGUUUUCCAAGGCGCUUGUCUUUGUGCUAGGGGUUGGAAUUGUUCUUGUUGAGUGGGCCGCAUCGAAAGGAUAUACCCUCAUUCCCAUGAACACCUUGCAGAAAUACGCAAAAAAGGUCGAUAUACACCAGGCCACGAGGAAGAAUGUGCCAUUCAAAAUCAGCUUUGGCACGACAAUGGCAUUGGCCGCGUUUGCCAAUUUUGCAGAUUAUAGUUGA